AUGUCGGUGUCGAGGAUAUGGAGUAGCGUCGUACAUUUCUUUUCUGUGCAGGCGGUUGAUUCACGCAUAAAGCCAGAUCCUGAAUUCAAAAGACGACGGAAACUGUUCAUUAGCUCCUCRAAAAACGAAACUGGUUCAUCAUCCAUCAAAAGCAUAGUUUCUACUGUCAGUGGCACUACUCGUAGCCCAGUGAGCGGUUCUAAUAACCCAUCUUUAUCACUAUGGAAUACGUGGGAAUUUAGACUAUAUUAUUUAGCGUUUUUAAUAGUGCUUCCGUGGAUGCUCAAAGCUGCCCUGGCUACAAGUUCCGAUUCCAACCCGAAUUAUUACAAAUAUAGUGGCCUGCUAUCUCGUGGCUGGCUUCUGGGGCGUAAAGUAGAUAACAGCGACUCUCAGUACAGAUUUUUUAGGUCAAAAUUUUUCCCAUUGUCUGUAUUGAUACUACUACAAACUGCAUUGAAAAAGCUUUUUAUUAAAUUUAGUAAAAGCUCCAAGAUAUAUUUCGAUUUUGCGUGCGGUCUAGUUUUCAUCUGCUUAUUUUAUGGUAUCAAUUCCAUCAAGUUCUUCACGCAUGCUUUUAUCUUUUUUACUUUGGCACAUUCGUUGAAGAGAAAGCGUUCAUUAGCCACAUUAGCAAUUUGGUCUUAUGGUGUCUUUACGUUAUUCAUUAACCAAAAAGUGAGGAAUUUUCCUUUUAGUAAUAUUGCUACAAUCCUGAACCCCAUGGACCAUUGGUAUAAAGGCAUUAUCCCAAGAUGGGACUUUUUUUUCAAUUUCACAUUGUUACGUUUAUUGAGUUAUUCUAUGGACUUCUUGGAAAGAUGGCAUGAACAAUUGAGUCCGCAACCUACAACAAAUUAUGAGGAUAACCAGCCCGAAUUCAGGAAAAGUUCAUCUGUUUCUACUUUACAAACCAUUUAUGAAUCAGGUAAGAAUAGCGCCUUGGACGAAAAAGAUCGAAUGGUCGCAGAACAUCACAUACAGGAUUACAAUUUUAUUAAUUUCAUUGCUUACAUCACGUAUGCGCCAUUAUUCUUGGUAGGCCCAAUAAUAACUUUUAACGAUUAUCUUUAUCAGACAGGAAAUAAGUUACCUUCUUUGACGAGAAAAAGCAUAAGUCUAUAUGCCCUAAAAGUAUUUCUAAGUUUGCUUUUGAUGGAAAUCGUCCUACAUUUCUUCUAUGUAGGUGCAAUAGCAAGAACUAAGGCAUGGAGUAACGACACACCUUUACAACUAGCCAUGAUCGGACUGUUUAACUUGAAUAUCAUGUAUCUAAAGCUUUUGAUACCAUGGAGGCUCUUUAGACUAUGGGCUAUGAUUGAUGGUAUUGACGCGCCGGAAAACAUGCUACGAUGUGUAGACAACAACUAUAGUUCACUAGGGUUUUGGAGAGCUUGGCAUACGAGCUUCAACAAAUGGGUAAUCCGCUACAUAUAUGUCCCGUUUGGUGGUUCCAACAAUAGAAUAUCAACAAGCUUUGCCGUGUUUUCAUUCGUAGCGAUAUGGCACAAUAUUGAGUUUAGAUUAUUAUUUUGGGGAUGGUUAACUGUCUUUUUGUUGCUGGCUGAAACUUUUGUUACUAAAUGUUUCAUUAAAUAUAGAUUCAAGGUCUGGUAUAGAUUUUUUUGUGGUGCUGGUGCCGUAAUAAAUAUUUGCAUGAUGAUGGUUGUUAACCUAUAUGGAUUCUGUUUGGGCGCAGAUGGUACGAAACUCCUAUUAAGGGACAUCUUCAGUACUUUGUCUGGUUUAGAGUUCUCUCUUAUGGGUGCAGCAAGCUUAUUCAUUGCCGUCCAAAUAAUGUUUGAAAUUAGGGAGGAAGAAAAAAGGCAUGGCAUCAACUUGAAGUGUUGA